CUGCAAAUCUCAUCCCCCAUCCGAAACCCUGAAAAUGCAGAAACCCUAGACAGAGAGAACAGCGGAGAUAUGGGUUUACCAAAAGCUGAUUGCAGAGCCGGAAAGUUGGUGUGGGUACAGAGGAAGAACGGCUCAUGGUGGCCCGGCCGAGUAGUCGAACCCAACGAGCUCUCACCUUUUCCUCUUGUCCCAUCCAAACCUGGCACCCCUGUCAAGCUUCUCGGACGAGAAGAUUCUAGAGUGGACUGGUACAAUUUAGAGAAAUCGAAGCGCAUCAAAGCAUUUCGAUGUCGUGAGUUUGAUGAUUGUAUUGAAAGAGCUGAGUCAUCCCAUUCCCAGGCCAAUGUUUUGAGGAGAAUUGCCAAAUAUGCACGUCGAGAAGAUGCUAUUCUUCAUGCUCUUGAGCUAGAGAAGUUAGAACUGCAGAAAAGAUAUAAAGCACCAGAAGAGAAGCAGGCAAGAACCAUCUGCCAAGCAAAGAGAAGCAGACGUAUUUACUUGCCAGCAGAGUCAAGUAAUUGCUGGAAGUGCAUGGCUUUUCCUCCUGAACAAUUGAAUGUUUCAUCCUCAAGACUCAAAACUCAUAAAUGCCGUCAGCAAUCCGGUUCAGCUGAAUAUAGUACCUCUUCCAAACCAAUGGAGUCCGAUUGGUCUGCCAGAGAUUCAGAAGGUCCAAAUAAAGUUCAAGCGGAAACUUGGCAUCCAGCUGACUUGCAAGUUCGAAAAUGGGAGCUAGAAAGAAAUGGAAACAGUUGUGAUUUAACCAAAAUGCAGGGCAACGUGAUUGAUGGAAAGAGUUGUGUUGAAUUAAAAGAUGAGUUACAGGCCAAUGGCAGACCAUUGUCUUCAAGUGCAGUUUUACAUGGUCAAAGUAGAACUGAUUCUGAUACCAAAUUAAGGGGAAACUCAAAGUGGUCAGACAAUCCACGCCCAGAAUCGGCUCCUAGUAGCAGUUACUUCCUAGACUCUGAUAGUCAGAGCAUUAAUCCAGAAUGUAUAGGCUUCCAUAAUCAGUUGGAAACAUUGACAAACGUAGAGUUGAUGGUUCAAGCAAGUAAUCAACAAGAGCAUGUCCCUCUGGUUUCUAUAACUAGUAGAUUAAAUGGGAAGGCAAUAGUGGGACACCCGAUUGAUAUUGAAGCAUCAGAAGACUGUUCUUCAGAGAUCCUGAUUGCUAGAAAACGCAAAGCAGAUGGUGUGUUGUUUGAUAACUUUGGGAACAAAAUGUUUCAGCCAGUUUGGAGAACAUCUGAAAGGACUCCUGUGCAUUAUGGCCCGCUAUGCUUCCCCUCUCCUUCUCAGAAGGAUGAUGAAAGUGCACUGACUUGUCGAAAACCCAGCCAUUCAAAUCAUGAGGCAAGGGCAGACAACAUGCUCCCACCACAACAAUCUCCUGGUAGACCUAUGAAGAUGUAUAUCUUGUCUAAGCAGAAAACAAGAGCAAUCUCUUCAUUUGACACUGAACAGAAACACGGGGGCAAUCAAGCUGAUGUUCCUCAUUUCAACCUUGACAGCAUAAUCAGAAAGGCCAGUCCGUCCACUGGAGUUGCGUGUGUUCCUGUAAAGCUCAUAUUCAGUGAUUUGCUGGUUGCACUUUGUAGGGCUCAAUCUUGACAGGAAUCUUUGGAGUUUCAACCUUACCCCAUAGUACAGAAGCCAAGCCUGAAUGGUUUACACACCACGUUAUUAUAUACAAUCAAAUUAAUAGCUAGCUGUAUCUAAAUCCUUUUUUAGAAAAUCACUAACACCUUGAUGCGUAUGUCCUAGGAAUUAAUUUAAGCAACAUCACGAGUCCAUGGUGCCCUUGCACUUGGAGUUUCCUCUGUUUAUCUUUGUAUUCUCUGUU